AUGAUGCGCUCAUUUUAUCUUCUUCUACUCGGGAUCGUUUACAUCGACUUUUUACUCGUUUCCGCUGCUGACUCUGAAGCUAUUCGAACAGAAAAAGAACUAGUUGACAUUUUCACAAAUCAAGGCGAUGUUUAUACCUUUGAUGAUCUUAAAGAAGAGGUCGGGCCUUUACCGGAUAUUCCUGACUAUCGACACUAUGAUUAUAACGAAAUGACAGCUUAUUUGAAAGAAUUGCAUAAAUUAUACCCGAAUCUGACGCACAUCUACAGCGCUGGUCGGUCUGUGAAUGGACGAGAGUUGUGGGUGUUGUGUAUAUCAAGGUUUCCCGCCAGGCACACCUUUGGCAUUCCAGAAUUCAAAUACAUUGCGAAUAUGCAUGGAAAUGAGGUAUCUGGGAGGAAUUUCGUGUUAUACUUGGCCUGGACGUUGCUUCAUGAGUACACCAAUAACGCUUGGAUAAAAAAUCUCGUUGACACAACAAGAAUACACUUGAUGCCUUCAAUGAACCCGGAUGGUUACGAGGAAUCUGUCGAGGGUGACGAAACGGGUGUCCGUGGACGUAACAACGCGAAUCGUAAAGAUCUCAAUCGCAACUUUCCGACUAGAUUUCCCAACUACUUCCCAUCACAACGGCCGGAACCUGAGACAUUAGCGGUGAUCAAAUGGUCGAGAAACGUCCCAUUUGUUCUAUCCGCCAACCUUCAUGGAGGUAGCACAAUUGUCAACUAUCCAUUCGAUGAUGCGCCGACUCGAGUUCGAGCUCACAAGUACACGCCAUCUCCCGAUAAUGCGCUCUUCGUUCGACUUGCCUACUCGUAUGCUCGAGCACACACCAGAAUGUGGAAACCGGGUCCACGAUGCGUCAACGAUCAACUAAAUAUGGCACUUGACCCGGAGCAUGGCAUUGUGAAUGGCGCCGAGUGGUAUAUCGUUCCUGGCGGAAUGCAGGAUUGGAAUUAUAUCCAUACGAAUUGCUUCGAGGUGACUGUUGAGACGAAUUGUGUGAAAUUUCCUCGAAAAUCCGAGAUGAAAUGGUUGUGGGAUGAGAACAAAUACGCACUGCUCUUUUAUGCCGCACAAGUUCACAAUGCGAUCACUGGCUUUGUCAUUGACAAAGAAACCCGUCAUGGUAUACCAAACGCAACUGUGUCCAUCGACUUCCGCAGCAAGAUUGUUUCUUCAUAUGAUGGCGGAGAAUUUUGGCGUCUUGCAAAUAUUGGUGAAUAUGAGGUGACUUUUGAUCAUCCAAUGUACGUGCCGGUCACGAAGAAAGUCACCCUCACAAAGGAGAAGCGUUCAGCUCGGGUUCAGGUUGAAUUGACACGGUUGGAAGAGGAACUCCUGAACGAUGUGAACUCGCGACUCGCCGGCUACGAUGAAGAACACUCUCGUUACAGCCGAUCCACAUUCAAUUCUCAACCUUCUCUCAUCUUAGUAUUCACUUCCCUUCUAUUCAUCUCUUAUCAUAUGGGUGCUCAUCAAUUAUUU